AUGUUAUGGGAAGAUUUUAUUGAAAAAGAAUUAAUUGGAUCAGGACAUAUUACAUCUUGUGCUAUUAUUGAAUCAGAAUAUGGUGAUACAUUGGCCUCAUCUAAAAAUUGGGAUUUAAAAGAAAAUGAAAGAUCUAAUAUCAUUGAUUUUUUUGAUAGUCCAGAUGAUGAAAAAUUAAGAUUUACUAUAAACGAAGUAAAGUACCAUGUUACUAGUACUAAAGAAAAUGUAAUCCUAGGUUUAGCUGCUGGCACCCGUAUUGCACUUUGCAAAAGGGGCGAAUAUAUUGUCAUUGGUUUCACUGAUAAAAAUGAUAAAUUUGAAGAUAUUGCUCGUGUUUGUAAAAAUGCUGUAAACUACCUUAAUGAGAAUUCCAAACCAGAAUAA